AUGACCAUUUUUGAUUUUGGUAUUGUCUGUUUUGCUCUUUGAAUACUCCUUUCAUUCAUCUACAAGCCAACUAUGACGAUAAGACCAAUUAUUUCAGAAAUCUAUAACGAAAUUGAUCAUUGCAUCUUCUGUGCACUCCCCUCCUCCGUGAGUGAACAAAGCCAUUAGAAAAAUCCCUCUUUUUUCACCAAAAACCCGCCCUCCGUUAGCGACAAAAAAUUUUUUAUGAAAAAAAAAUUUUGAUAUAUAAAUGAUAAUUAUUAUAACGAAAUCUCUAGCUAAUUCUGAUUAAUUUUAAACAGCUUGCGUUUGAAAAUAUAAAUUUCGCAAAUUAAUUAAUUUUUGUUUCUCAAUUUUCACAAUUGGAGAUUUUUUAAAUUUUGAAGAAAAAAAAAUUCUAUAUAAUUUCUAUAAAAAUUUAAAAAAAACAAUAAUCAACCUUUCCAUGAGCGAACAAAAUUUUUUUGUUCGCUCACGGAGGGGGUGCUACAGGAAAACAUAGAUUGCGCUCUUCUCAAUUGUGGGCAUCAACAUUGCGCAAGUUGCAUUUUGCUUUUAACAUAUAAAUAUUGGAAACUAAGCUGCCCAAUCUGCAGAAGUCCUAUAUCGUUCAUUAAGGCACUCUUUAAGGAAGAUGGCAACUCUGAAAUGAUAGAAAAGAUUAAUUUUUUUAAUCUAUUUCAUAAUUCUGCUGAAUGAGAAAAAUGCAUUUUAGUUCCGAAAUAUCUUUUCAAGUACACUAGUUCAAUAUGAUGGCUAGUGAUAAUGGUGGCCAUUUAUUAUAUCCCACUAGUUUCUGAAGCCAGCAGCACAGUAUGCAAAGAGAUGUAA